AGAAGGUCGGUUCUCAAUUCCGCUCCUGCAGUAAUGCCAUCUCGAUUCUUUCCUCUUCCUCUUUCCCUUUUCUUCUGGUAGAUUCCGCGUUCCUCUCCGUUUCUUUGCUUUUGCGUCAAAAAUCGAUAAUUUUUUAAGUGUUUCUGUGUUGAUAGAGUUUAAAGAUUUAGGUUUUUGAUUAAAUUUGAUGAGUUGGGUGUUCGUUUGCGAAUGCUCGAGUGUACAGCGCCGAAGUCGUUGAUGAUCGCUGCUCUGAUGACGAACAGUCCAUAGAUUCUACCUCUCCGUUUCUUUGCUUUUGCGUCAAAAAUCGAUAAUUUUUAAGUGUUUCUGUGUUGAUAGGGUUUAAAGAUUUAGGCUUUCGAUUAAAUUUGACGAGUUGGACGUUAGUUUGUGAAUGUUCGAGUGUACGGCGCUGAAGUCGUUGAUGAUCACUGCUCGGAUGGCGAACAAUCCAUAGAUUCUGUGUUCCUCUCCGUUUCUUUGCUUUUGCAUCAAAAAUCGAUAUUUUUAAGUGUUUCUGUGUUGAUAGGGUUUAAAGAUUUAGGUUUUCGAUUAAAUUUGAUGAGUUGGGUGUUCGAUUGUGAAUGCUCGAGUGUACAACAAUGAAGUCGUUGAUGAUCACUGCUCGGAUGACGAACAAUCCGUAGAUUCUUCCUCUCCGUUUCUUUGCUUUUGCGUCAAAAAUCGAUAAUUUUUAAGUGUUUCUGUGUUGAUAGGGUUUAAAGAUUUAGGUUUUCGAUUAAAUUUGAUGAGGUGGGUGUUAGUUUGUGAAUGCUCGAGUGUACACAGCUGAAGUCGUUGAUGAUCACUGCUCGGAUGACGAACAAUCCAUAGAUUCUGUGUUCCUCUCCGUUUCUUUGCUUUUGCAUCAAAAAUUGAUAUUUUUAAGUGUUUCUGUGUUGAUAGGGUUUAAACUUUAAAGAUUUACGUUUUCGAUUAAAUUUGAUGAGUUGGGUGUUAGUUUGUGAAUGCUCGAGUGUACACAGCUGAAGUCGUUGAUGAUCACUGCUCGGAUGCCGAACAAUCCAUAGAUUCUUCCUCUCGGUUUCUUUGCUUUUGCGUCAAAAAUCGAUAAUUUUUAAGUGUUUCUGUGUUGAUAGGGUUUAAAGAUUUAGGUUUUCGAUUAAAUUUGAUGAGUUGGGUGUUCGAUUGUGAAUGCUCGAGUGUACAGCAAUGAAGUCGUUGAUGAUCACUGCUCGGAUUGAAAUUGUUACGGUUUUGCUAACAGGAAACUCAGUGGGUGAAAACAUAUAAAUCUCUGAUUGAAAUCAAUAGAAAGCUAAUUAGACUUGCCUUAGCGCCAGUUUUGAUCACCUUCGUAAGGGCGGCCCCACAUCACCAAAUGUGGUGGUUCGGUGUUUGCAUAAAUGACGGCAUGACGACUGUUUGUGCAUGCAUAACAAUUACAAUAGCCCAACUGUGGCUCAAAUAUUUGUAAUUAGCUCCGAGUACAACCUGUUCUGCAAGUGAUGCUCAAGUCUCUCUCUGUUUAUAUCUAAAUAUUCAAGCUAAUUUGAAAAUGUUGUAUCUUAUAUUGGUAAAAAGAAUAUUUUUUAAUAUGAUUUCGACAUCUUCACCAUGUUAAACAGUUUGAUGGUUGCUUUUCUAUGCUUAUUUGGUAUUGCUAAUGAAGAAUCACGCUGCUGUUUCCUCUCAUGUUGAAGAUAGUGAGUGCAAUGCCAAACCGUCGUAAUUCAUCAAGUUUGAUUACUUUCUGUUUCAACAUUUGGUUGACUUAUUACUUUCGUGUGGGCUGUGUGAUGUUUGCAGUGGAGCAUGUUGAUUAUCCUGUUAAGGGAUCAUACACACUUACAAUGAAGCGGAUCGGAGACAAAUCAGAACGACUGACAUGCAUUAUUUUCUAUUUCUGCAUCUGAAUGCUGCGAGAUAUGCUCUCUUCCGCAAUAUGAGCUGACACAUCAUGCUCUACUUGUUCUUCCUUUGUGAAAUCGACAUUGUAUAGAUCAGCAGCAUGACUCCUUUACUUUGACUCCAUGACUCCGACUGUCUCCGGUGCUUCACGGCCGUUCCCUAUAUUCGUGACUUAAGUCAUAAUUUCGGGUUGGAUCCGACCCCAGCAUCGACCCGUCGCGACGUGGGUCGUGGUGUGAGCACCCACACCACAUGGCUCGGCCCCGCGGCGCGACCUGAUGGCCGUUGCCUUUAUCAUUUUGAAAUCUAGGGCCCCACCACAACUUUAUAGCCGUUGGCACCGCCUCCUCCUCACACAAACAACAAAGAAGCGGAGGGGAGAGACCACAGUAAGGAAAAGAAAGCUACCAUUGUGGGCUCUCUCUCUCUCUCUCUCUCUCUCUCUCUCGCUCGCUCGCUCGCUCUCUGAGAGGAGCAAAUCUCCUGGCUACCGAGAGUGGAGACUGAGUGCUGUUCCAAAUCCACAUAUCCACGUACCCAUAUUUGCUACUUUUCUUCCAUAUCCAUAGCACUGUCAUCCAUCAGCAGCAGCAGCAGCACCACCACCACCCUCAGGUUGGCAGCAGACGUUGCUGGUAAAGGGACAGCGGCAGCGACAUGAAAGGUAUCAGGGGCAGGAUCCUGAAGAAGCUCCGGUCCAUCCCCCAAGUGCCCUACCUCAAGCACCAAGAGCGUGUCCUUCAUGUCCAUGCUUCUGCCCCUUCCCUUCCUACUCCUCCUGAUCCUUCUCGGGUCCUCCGCGACCUCCCCGUCGGCAGCAGAGUGGAGGAAGCCUCGAAUUCCGCCUCCCCCGAUGACCAGCUGACUCCGGUUUCCCAUCUCCAUGACGUAGUCGAUGUCGCCGAGCUCGUGAGAGACCUCGAAGAAGAAGAAGAAGAAGAAGAAGCGGACUGCGACGAGGAAGAAUCCGACCACAGCAGCAGCAGAAGCAGUAUCGGUGACAAAGAGAACUCUCGACCGCCGCCGUCGUCGCCACCUAAAGAAGACUCUUCUUGGAGAACCAACGACGAGGAGGACCAGCACGGCCAAGAAAACGAAACUUCGUACCGGCGGCCGGAUCUGGACUCGGUGACGCUGUUCGAUCCGGAGCUUCUUGCGGCGUUCGAGAAGGCGGUGGUGGAGCACAUGAGGAGCUUCGAGGAAGCCAAGAGCAGGGCCAGGGCCAGAAUAAAGGAAGAAGAAUACGACGAACAUGACGGCGGAGGAGGAGGAGAACCGCACGGCGUCGAGGAGCCUCCUUCGAAGGUGCCUCGCACCGACGACGACGAGGACCCGCUGACGGAAUUCGAGCACAGGUGCCCGCCCGGGGGCAGGGAAUCCGUCAUCCUCUACACCACCACGCUUCGGGGGAUCAGGAAGACCUUCGAGGACUGCAACGGCGUCAGGUUCCUGCUCGACAGCCUCAAGGUGAGGUUCACCGAGAGAGACGUGUCGAUGCACCUGGAGUUCCGGGAGGAGCUAUGGAGGGUCUUGGGCUACCGCGCCAUCCCCCCGAGUCUGUUCAUCCGAGGGAGGUACGUCGGAGGGGCCGACGAAGUGCUGGGGCUCCACGAGCAGGGGAGGCUGCUGGCGCUGCUGCGGGGGGCGGCUCGGGACCGGUCGGCCGGCGAAGAGGCGUGCCGAGGGUGCGGCGGAGUGAGGUUUGUGGUGUGCUGGGAGUGCAAUGGGAGCCGAAAGAUCUACCAUGGCGAGGAGGAAGAGGAGGAGGACGCAUGCCCGGCGCAGUGCCGCCAUUGCAAUGAGAAUGGCUUGGUUGUGUGCCCCAUCUGCUGCUAAGAUUGCUUGGCUUCCACCGUCGUUGGCCAUUCUGAAUUCUUUCAAUAGAUUCGUGAUGUUAAUGCUCUUCUUCUUCUUCUUCUUCUUCUUCUUCCUUUGUACUGCUCUCUGUACACUCAUUCUUCUUCAUAUGUAUCAUUGAGAUGAUCCGUGUCAA